ACGAGUGGAAAGGAAGAAAAAGGAAGGGAGAGAUUAAUAACUCGCCUCUUCUUCCCCUUCGCUUCAAUCCGAAGUUCUUGCCUCAUUCGGUCGGCUUCGACGCGAUCUCGUUUCCCGGGGACGUCGAGGUGGGAUUCCAUCGUUGGAUCUGCGCUUCUCCCUUUUGAUCGAGGGCGAGGUGGAGUUUUAGGGUUCUAGCGUUUCGGGUUCCCUUCGAAAUGGGCGCCGCGCCGUCGACGCCGAGGGGCGGCGCGAGGCCGCAGGACGCGGCGGAGAACCUGAUGGCCGCGUUCGUCGGGGAGAAGCCCUACCCGCUGUCUUCCGACUUCUGGAACCAGCUGCUGGAGCUCCCCCUCACGCUACAGUGGCCGCAAGAUCGCGUCUUGCAGGCUUGCCAGUUGUUUGCACAACACAACUACCACACAAACCAUCUUGCAAAAAUUUUGAUUCACUUGGCGUGGUGUUUGCAAGACUUGAUCUCAACUUCUUCAGGAUCGGCUACAGCUUAUCGAAAGUCUGUCAAUGCAGCAUACAUAUCAUCUGUAUUUCUUAAGUUCAUAAUUGAGAAUGUAAAAGGUGCAAAUUUUGAAGAGCUACAUCUCAACCUUGAUAAAGAUGAGAAGAGGCAGUGUAAUUUGCCUACUGAUCAAAGCAUUGAAGUUUUCAUCAUACGAGGCAUGCUCAGUUUUGUUGGUUCCUCAGAUGUAAGUCCUCGAUCAUGCCUCCUCCAUCAUGAACUGCUGAAUUUGAUGUUGGUGGCAAUGUCGACUCAACUCUGCUCUGGACCAUCACCAGGGCCGAAAGAUGUUCAUCCAUUUAUUGAUGCAGCAAUGCUUCAGGAAAGUGCCGUGGUAGCUUCCACAGUUCAAAAGCUAUUGUUGAAUUUUAUAACUCGUCCGCGCUUUCCUUUUGAUGGCUCAACAUAUCCUUUCUCUCCUGAAGGGAACCAGUCAGGCGUUCUGCAAAGAGUUGGUUCUGUGGCUGCUAAUUUCGUGCUACUGCCAUAUUACACAUUCAACUACCUGCUCAGUUCAAGCAGUGCAGGUGCAAGAAGUCCGUUGGCAGAAAAAAGCCUACUUGUUUUACUUGUACUUGUUCAUUAUCGAAAGUGUCUUGUGGUGAAGUCUUUGACCGACAACAAUAUGGGGGAUGUUGAUUCUACUACCUAUUUGAGAGAGAGUUCAUCUUUCUAUGAGAAUCCUUACUGCAAGGCACUAGAAAAUGCUAGAGACAUCCAAUUUGAUCGUGUUGAUAUUGAGGGAAACGCACAUAAUGGACCACUUGUUAGAUUACCUUUUGCAUCCUUGUUUGAUUCCCUUGGACUGUGCUUGUCUGAUGAGACAUCUGUACUGUUACUUUAUUCCUUGGUCCUUGGAAACUCUGAUUUUCUUGAGUAUGUUUUGGUGCGAACUGAUCUGGAUACUUUGUUGAUGCCAAUUCUUGAGACACUUUAUAAUGCUUCAAGGAGGACAUCAAAUCAAAUAUAUAUGCUUCUUAUCAUCCUUCUCAUUCUCAGUCAGGAUUCAUCUUUCAAUGCCAGCAUACAUAAGUUGAUGCUUCCAAGUGUUCCAUGGUAUGAAGAACGUCUUCUCCAUCACACUUCUCUUGGUUCUUUGAUGGUAAUUGUGCUAAUUAGGACUGUGAAGUACAACCUCUCCAAGCUUCGGGAUAUCUAUCUUCAUACUAAUUGUCUGGCAAUUCUAGCAAAUAUGGCUCCUCAUGUUCACAGGCUAAGUGCCUAUGCUUCACAGCGGCUGGUUAGCCUUUUUGAUAUGCUCUCUCGCAAGUACACUAAAUUAGCCGAGUUGAAAACUGACAAAGUUAUAAAAGUAUCUGCUGACCAAAUGGAAGGAGUCAGCUUAACAGAGGAUAUGUCACCAGAGAUUCACAUAUAUACUGAUUUCCUCAGAAUAGUACUGGAAAUCCUUAAUGCUAUUCUUACAUAUGCCUUGCCUAGGAAUCCUGAGGUUGUAUAUGCAAUUUUGCAUCGGCAAGAGCUUUUUCAACCAUUCAAGAAUCAUCCACGGUUUAAUGAGCUCCUUGAAAAUAUAUAUACAGUAUUGGAUUUUUUCAACAGCCGUAUGGAUAUGCAGCAUAUGGAUGGUGAAUGGUCUGUGGACAAAGUUCUUCAAGUAAUUAUCAUAAAUUCUCGUUCAUGGCAUGGUGAUGGGAUGAAGAUGUUUACACAGUUGAAGUUCACUUAUGAACAGGAGAGUCAUCCUGAAGAAUUCUUUAUUCCAUAUGUGUGGCGGCUAGUUCUAGCUCAAGGUUUCAAUUUCAGUCCUCAUGCCAUUAAUUUGCUUCCUGUGGAAUUAUCUGGAGAUGAUGCUUUAUCCGGCGAACAAGGCGAACAAAGCGUGUAAAAUGAAUUUUCAUCGUACUUGAGCAGACGGAGAAACAUGUUUGGCCCUACCUUGAUGUUGACUCUUCAUUCCCAUGUCGCGACAGAAUGCUCUCGAGUGUAUUGUACAUAAGAGACUGGAUAGUAUUCUUGUCAUUCUUUGUGUCAAUAUUACAUAAGAUCAUCAGCAGUAUCAAAUAACGAGAAUUGAUGUUCUUAUCAGCGCAAAUAUAGGAAGCCAAAACCUCAUGUCCUUGGUUGAGUUGUUUUCAGGUUGCUUCCUGUAUUAUUUUGUAAAAGAUCAUACAAAAUUUUUUUCCAUUCUUGUAGAAG